AGUUCAUAAUAAUAUAACGCGAUAGAGACGUGCUUCCUACAAGAUUCAGCAAUGGAUGUCAGUCGCAGUGAGUGUGUCUGUGCCCUGUUCAGCCUGUUUUUACUCUUCGGGUCGGUGGUCUGUGAGGGUGUGAAUGGAAAGAAGGAACAGGAGUGUUAUAAUUAUGCUGGUGGACACGUGUAUCCCGGAGAAGCUUUCCGCGUACCUGUCUCUGAUCAUUCACUACACCUGAGCAAAGCCAAAAUCUCGAAACCAGCACCACACUGGGAGGGAACAGCUGUCAUCAAUGGAGAAUUUAAAGAGCUGAAACUGUCCGAUUACAAAGGAAAAUACCUGGUGUUCUUCUUCUAUCCUCUGGAUUUCACAUUCGUGUGCCCGACUGAGAUUAUCGCCUUCAGUGAUCGCGUGCAUGAGUUUCAGGCCAUUAACGCUGAAGUAGUGGCCUGCUCGGUGGAUUCCCAGUUUACCCACCUGGCCUGGAUCAACACACCUAGAAAACAAGGAGGUCUUGGACCAAUGAAAAUCCCCCUUCUUUCUGACCUCACACACCAGAUAUCAAAGGACUAUGGUGUCUUUCUUGAGGACCAAGGACACACACUCAGAGGUCUGUUCAUCAUUGAUGAUAAAGGCGUUCUUCGACAGAUCACCAUGAAUGACCUGCCAGUGGGUCGCUCUGUUGAUGAAACACUCAGACUCGUGCAGGCCUUCCAAUACACGGAUAAACAUGGAGAAGUGUGUCCAGCUGGCUGGAAGCCUGGCAGUGAUACGAUUAUUCCAGACCCUGCAGGGAAACUGAAGUACUUUGAUAAACUCAACUGAGGUUAAUGUUUCACGUAAGGCACUUGGAUUUGUGUGGUUACUGUUUGUGUACUCGCACAAUAAAAGGAGAGUUUUGAUAA